CACGAAUUUUUUGACGAUUAGCGUGAGAGAAGGAAUUUGUUGAACUCAUGCAAUCCACGAUAUGUCUUCAAUGAGAUGUCAGUUUUCUCGUCGCUCGUUUGCUUGUUCAUCUUCAAGUUAAGUUUCAAGUUCAUCGGUUGCAGCUAUUUUCUUUUUAUCUAUAGAAGUUUUUAUUUUUCAAAUGCUGCCUUUUAUUUGCUCCUUCACAUUCCUUGAUAUUGACUAAUUUCACACGACCUUGAACGACCUCGGUGUAGUUUUACUAACCCGUGAUCUCACCACGUAGCGAAUUUUUCAUUCCAUUAUUGUACAAGUUAUGUAAUUUUUGCGUUCAAAUGUAGAGACGAAUAUAUCUUAUUUCUGGAAAACUUUCACCGGUGACAUUUUGCCACGCCGUUUGAUUAGUUAAUGCUUGCUGUGACCUUUUUAUUUUUGGCUACAGUGAUGUCAACAAUAUUCACGGGGAAUGAAUCUGAUUUCUCGACAUCCGUGCAUCCUGGUUCCAAUGUUCACAAUUUAAGGUUAAAGUCUUGAGUCAGAUCUUGAAUAAAUAUUGGUGACAGUCAGGGCACACGAGAAAAGAACGAGCUGUAGUUUAAAUUGUGAAAUAGAACAAGAUUAACCCCUAUUCUUUAUGGUACUUGAAGUGAGCUACUUAUACAUGAAAGCACUGUAAAUUUAACCUGUUGGACUAGUACAGAUGUCUUGUUUGUUUUAAAAAGUGAAAAGAAAAAAGGAACCAAAAAAACAAACAAAAAAAAAAAACUAAGGUUUUGGAGAAGCUCAUGUUCAAUUAAAGAGUUUUUCUAACUUAUGGACAAAGUUCAAUGAAAUUCAUAAUCUCUCAAGAAAGAGGGUAACUAUAACAAAGCUUAGCUUUAUGAAGGUUUAGGUUAUUCCAGCCAUUAUGGUGGUUUCUGUCUGUUAAAUGCUAAUUAGCUGAGUGCAUGUCUAUUUUAAUGUACAUACAGUUAGCAGUAAAAAAAUUACGAGAUACCUACAGAACUGGAAGGACAAAAGAUGUGGAAUUUAGAAGAGAGCAGCUGAGGAACCUCCUCAGACUUAUGGAUGAGAAUGAAGAGGAAAUUUUGGAAGCUGUUCACAAGGACUUGCACAAGGUUGGACUCUUCAAACUUCACUAUUAGAUUGUGGAUUUAGGUUCCUUGCAUUAAAUUAAGGGUCUCAGAUCAAUUGCAUUAUUAGAGCUGCAUGUUUUUGAGUAGGAAAUGAAUUGGAAAAAAUUUGUCUUUUUUUGAGAUUUCAUUUUGCUGGUACCUUGUAGCCUCUGGUGGUCCCGGGUUCAAACCCUCAACCCAGCUGCUCCCUGGAUUUGUUCUUGGUUUCCCGGAGUUUCACUCCUGUGCUGCAUUUUGUAUAUAGCCAACUGGUCUGCUUCUAGCUUGUGGGGAUGUUUGUUUACAGUGUUUGUUUUGGCUUUGCUUUUAUUGGCCCUGUCAAGCCCCAUUGGGGUAGUGUUCAGUUGAAGUUAUUAUCAAUAUUGUAAUUUUUCCAACUUAUUACCAAGUACUGUUUUUUAUUUUGUGUUUGUUAGCCAAGAACAGAGGCUACUCUUGCAGAGAUUUUGGUGGUGAAGAAUGACAUUGCUUAUGGUAAGUUAUCAACUAACAGAGCUACUGGUGGAUCAAAUUGAAAGGGCAUCAUAAUGAAUUAGUUCAUAGAUCAAAAGACAUGUCAUUGUACUUUUUGAAGUAAACAGUUAUUGUUAGUAGUGGAUUGCAGAGUUACUGCAAAGUUUUAGAAGACUUGUAUUUUGAAGUUUGCUUGUAUGUUUCGAUCAUGGAUCCUGAGUUCCAGUUAUUAUGCCCUAUAUGUGUAUUUUUUGAUUGUUAGCUAGCUUACAACCUUUUACAUUGUUGGAUAAUGUAGGAAUUGUUGGGUACCUCAUAUUGUGGACAAUUAGGAAGGUUUUUAUUGCUCUGUAAAACUUGACUGUUGUGCAGUUCCUGAUUUUCCCAUUUUUGACAUAUGAUAGUCUUUUAGAUGCUCUUGGCUUUAUUCAAGAUGUGAUUUUCAGACAAGAAUAUUUUUUUAGGAUGUAGGUGCCUUUUAUUACCCUGAGUGCUACUGUCCCAACAAUAAAUGAUGGAAAAUUUACUUCAAUCAGUUGUCAAACUUUGUAGUAAUAGUUAAAUUAAAGUGUUUUCUUGGCAUUGUUUUUAGUGGUUACAUUAAUAUACAAUCAUGUACCUGUACCUAUGAACGUGAUUUUUCUCCCAUUGAUAAGCUGUGACUGAUUCUUUCAGCAUUGAAUCACUUAUCAGAGUGGACUAAACCAGAACCAAUUGACGUUCCUUUAGUGAACAAAAUGGAUUCUUGUUUUACUGUUAGUGAGCCAUUGGGGCUGGCAUUAGUCAUUGGAGCUUGGAAUUACCCAAUACAGCUCACUAUCAUGCCCCUCAUUGGAGCCAUUGCUGCUGGUGAGGCUUAGUAUGCUUAUUUGAUAUAGGGCUGCAAUGUUUGUUCAAUUUUGGUGUGAUUUAAUGGGGCAUACACUCGUUUAUGCAGUGGGCUUGUGGUUAGGGUACCCAAGUUUGGGUCUUGAGUUGUGUGUUUGAAGCUGGAAUGGGUCAUUUUUGUUGUGUUCUUGGGCAAGAGACUUUGCCCUUACAAUGCUUCCCUGCAGCUUGGAUGUGUGUGAUAAGUGGGUAGCAGUCAACUGCUUGGGAAGCCACAAAAAUACUGGGGUUAAUCUGCAGUAUAUUAGCAUCCUAUCUAGAGAAAAAAAUUAAUAGCAAUGAUCCUUGUGGCUUCUUUUCAUGGAAACCUGGAUGAGCUAUUGAGAUCCUCAAAGAUUUUGUUAAAGAUGUUUUCAAGAUGCUUAUUACAGUGUAGGGUCCUCAAAAGUCCUGAUGAAGAUCUUUUGGGAUCCUGGAGGACCCUUCAACAAUUUUUACCAGGGCAGACUGAAUGUUUUUCAAAUGUGCAGUAGAUAUUCUCUUGAGUUGUCAUACUGUUUGUCGGUGUCAGACCACCAAUGGUAUUCUAGAGUAUUUUAAGAGUUAUUCCCUAUUGAUUUAAUAGCUUAGAGUCAACUACUUGACUAAUGCGUGUUCAUGGAAAUAUCCUUUAAUAGGAAACUGUGCAGUCAUCAAACCAUCUGAAAUUGCAGAAGCAUCAGCAGAGCUUGUUGGAAAACUUAUUCCACAAUACCUAGACCAGGUAUAGUGUACUUUGCUCCAAAAUAUCCAUGACUUUUCUUUAACUGCUUUCGGAAAAUGGAAUCUAUUUACAAUCCUUCUGAGGCUUCUGUCAAGGCUAACACAAUGGAGAAGGAGACAAGGGAAUUUAACUGGUCAGAAUUGAGGCUGUUAGGGUCUGUAUAUAUGAUGACAGUUAAGAGUAGACUUUAAAAGGGCUAGAGCCCUGUCCAUCCACAAAACUCCUAUUCAAAAUUGUGCAACUGUGUCAUGAUAACUAGUCUCUUAAAUUUAUAUUUUUGGACGUGUGAUUACAUUACUUGUACAAAUCAAUGUAAAUUUGAAAUGAAUUUUUUAGGAGUGCUUCACUGUUAUCCAUGGAGGAGUAGAAGAAACACAGUGUUUGCUGAACAAAUGCAAGUUUGACAAGAUAUUUUACACAGGUGGAAGUGCUGUGGGAAAGUUGGUCAUGCAAGCUGCUGCAAAGAACUUGGCAAGAGUUACUCUUGAACUGGGUGGGAAAAGGUAUAUAUGAAACUUACAGUAACUUUUUGCUACCUAGCAUCAGUAUGCAUAUUCUCCAUACUGUUCAAUAUACGUUUCUUUAAAAGGAAAUGAGAGGGAAUUUGUUUAAAAAUCAAUAGCUAAUUUGGUUGGUGGUCAUUUCCUUAAUUCUUGUGACUGUAAUGUUUUAUACAGGCAUGACGUUGUUUAUAGAUGUUAGAUCCUAGUUGAUCUAAAGGGUGGAAGAGUUCUAUAGUUAGGUAAAGGUCUGGCUGUCAAGGGAAGGAAUUGGGAUUCAGGCCCUGUCGAGUUUCAUUGUGAAGUUUUCAUACAAAGGGAAUACCAACUCAAACAUAUUUGUUAAACUUUAAACAAAAUGUUAUGCUCAAGACAUACAAUUCAUGUGCAUAAUUUUAACAAACAUUUUGACAGAAAAUUGAAAGGAAAAGGUCUCAAUAAAGUGGAAGUUCAGUUUGACCAAAAUCAAGCUAAAAAGGAUUCUAGUUUGGCUGAAAUACAUGUUCUGCCAGGCUGUAUUUUGAUAAGUGCUGGUACUUUUAUUCUAUAGGCUGUAAUUACAUGUAAUUUGUUUUACUUUAGCCCAUGCUAUGUUGACAAAGACAGUGACCUUGAGAUUGCUGUCAAAAGAAUAUGCUGGGGAAAGUUUGCAAAUGCUGGACAGGUGAGUUGUAACCAUCUACUUAUACUGUAAUUGUGGAAAAUGAAGAUGAUGUAGAAAGUGGUGUUGCUGAACAUUUAAAAUUUUGUGAGUGUUAUUAUUAUUAUUAUUUUUAUUGUUAAUUUUUUUACUGAAGUUCCUUGAACUAUUUGUUUCUGUUUCUGUAGACAUGUGUAGCCCCAGACUAUAUUCUGUGUCACCCAGACAUCCAAGAAGCACUUGUUAAACAAUUCAAAGAAGCACUGUUUGAGUUCUAUGGAGAGGUAGGGCAUACGUGUAUGAGGUGAAGUCAGCAAUGUUAAGUACAAAGCUGGUCAGGAAUAGUCAUCAAGAGCAAACUUUUAAUGUAGUUCUCUAGGGCCAGGCUGUCCAAAGCUUGGUUAUGGAAACUCAGGGUUAGUGUGAAACUGAUUUCAUAUCUGAACACUUAAAUAGAAAUUCAUAAUUUUCUUUUUGUGUAUAAUUUGAUCAUUAAAUGCUCCAAAAAGAAUGGAGAAAUUGAUUCCAAAAGGCUUUUGAAUAAAGGAAUAAAGGAACAUUAGUUAAAAUUUAACCUUGGGUUACUACAAUUAGAAUGGAUUUAAGCAACGAUAUUAUAUGGAGGUACUGGUAAUCAACCUUGAAACAACUGUGACCAGAAUGAUUUUUAAUUUGGUAAGAAGUGUCUUGAAUGAAGUUCACUGAGUGGGGCUUCAGCCUUGUUGGUUAGCUUUAGUUCAAUUAGGUCUAUAUGAUACUUUGUCAUGGUCUCAUGGAUUUGUUUUUUGACUUCCCUUUUUUAUUCUUUGUCAAGGAUCCAAAAGAAUCACCUGACUAUGCAAGGAUUGUGAAUAACAGGCACUUCAAGUAAGAUCACUGAAUCGUCAGACUCCCUACAUGUCCAACAUUUUGUCUGUGCCACUUAGUCUACAGUAUAUUUAUGUCACAGGAUACCUGGCUUAUGAAAAGAUCAGGACAUGAAAUUGAUAAAGUUGAAAUUCAAAGAUUUACAAAAGAUUGUAAUGGAUAUUUAUUCUAUUUAAAUCAUUAUGAGAGCUUGGUAGCUUUUGGUGUUGUUAACAUACAUGUGAGAGAAGACAAAAAAUGUAAUUAGCAGAUACUAACUGCAAGCUGAAACAAUGGACUGUCUUGGUGAAGAGUUUGCAGUUGUCUCUAACCACUUCCCCGUUUUUGCCGUAUCAUCUGCCAUGGAAACUACAACCUAAAUGAGUAAUUCUCUAGCCAACCUGUCAACAACUGUAAUCACCAUCAGAUUUCAGUAAUUGACAAUGACUUGAUCUUAUUGCUGAAAAAUUAAUUUAUUACUUGUUUUAUAAGAAGAUGGAAGACCUUUUCUCUGAAACAUAAAUUAUGACAACUAACUUUUUUGACAUAACUUUUGUGUUAUAAUCUAAUGACACUACUUGUAAAACAAAGGAAACAAAUGGAAGACACAAUGAAGCAGUGCUUAGACAGAGAAUCAUGAAAAGAAUUAUUGUUGCUAUAUACCUAAUAUCUGUCAAACAGUAAUACGUCAAUGAUUUCCUGUUUACAGUCGUUUAAAGAGCUUGUUGAGCAGUGGCGAAUGUGCAGUUGGAGGUGAGACAGACGAGAGUGAAAACUAUAUCUCACCAACUGUAAUGAUUGGUGUGAAACCAACAGACCCAAUCAUGGAAAAUGAGGUGCAGUACAAUCUCUUGCGUAACUUUUCCACCCGGGGCUCUUAGUAUUACGAGAUGACCAGAGAGUCUUUGUGUAGGGGCACUCAUCUAACCCUUUAUAGCCCAACAUCAGUAUGCAUAUUCUCCAUACUGUUCUCUAUACAUUUCCUAAGGUGCUGACAAGGAGAAUUUGGUGAACAACCAAGAGCUUCUGUAGUUGGAAGUCAUUUUAUGUAUUCUUUUUAACCUUAAUGUUUGAUCAAGGGGUGAUAUUGUAAGGAGAAACUAGAUGCUGGUCACUGUAAAGAGGUCAAAGGGUGAACACGUUCAAAGUUAUAGUCUCAUAGUGUUUGCUUGAGACUUAAAUUUAUUUUUGAAAUAACACUGUUCAAGUAACGGCCAAUCAUCCCUCUUCCUCAAGAAGAGAAUGAGGAACUGAUUGGAAAUAAUAUUCUACAAACACUGUUGUCAUGGCAAUGUCAUUCGAGGCAAACAUUGUGCGCAUGAACCAGUUAUCUUUUUCUUCACGUUUAAAUUUUUUUUGCAGGUGUUUGGUCCGCUGUUGCCUAUAGUUAAUGUAGAAUCUUUUGACGACGCCAUAGAAUUCAUAAAUGACAGGUAAUCUUGAAGAAGUCUUCGUUUUAAUUACAUCUUCAGCUAUGUACGUGUACAUCAACCAGCUGAGACUGCCUUUUGCUGCUUCAGUGAUGUACAUAAUACUGACCCCAUGAUAACAGAAGUAACACAAUGGAAGAAUAUUGGUAAAGAAAUACAGAACGGUUUGGGCUUGUUACAGAGUAGAGGUCUGUCUCUCGAAAGUCGCCAUGGUUACUGCUGCUGAUAAUGGUCAAACUUGAACAAUAGAAAUAUCGCGAAAGGAAGCAAAAUUUAUGUAUCUCCUUAAACUUUUUUUUAGCACGACUACUCCCCAGUGUGAGGUUUGACAAAAUGGCUGAGGGCCCGUAAAGUAAGCGGGACUUUCGAAAGACAGGCACCUGAACCCCUGGCCAAGUGUCUGAGAAAUGAAUUACGAGGCCAUAAUGUGGCAAUACAAUAUUAUUGUAAACGUAACUAAGGUUUUUUUUUCCUGGGUUGGUCGGUUUUCCUCUCUCUAUCAUUGUCAUCACUCCAAGUUUUCGUCAUACAAGUAAGAGCCACCUUAAAGAUGGGUAUCGCUGAACUAUGUAUUUUGUUCCAAUUGUUGUUUAUUUGUAGAGACAGGCCGCUGGCCCUGUACAUCUUCGCUAAUGACAAGUCCAAGAUUCAGCGCUUCAUGGACAGUACAUCCUCGGGAGGAUUUCUUGCGAAUGAUACAGUGGUACAUGCUGGUGGUAAGUAUAAGUUCAGUUUGCUAGUUUCGUUUGGGUUAAAAUGAUGGACCCCUUUUAAGUGUUUAUGCUAGGCCGAUUUUGAAUUCUUGCACUAAAAUAGCAACGUAUCGAAGACACCUCGCAUCUUGGACUAACAUCUCAAUUUAUUUAGUAGAGCUAAAUUCUCCUGGUUUUUUGCCUCUCCGGGCCGUUUAAAAGGCCUCGUAUUUGACGGUCAAAAGUGAUUUGAAAAAAAAAACUUUUUAAAGCUGCUCUGAAAGGGGAAAAACAGAGGCAUUUCAAUGUAAUAACUUUUCAUUUUACUUAAUUGAGUCUUUCAGACCACGAUUUUUUCAGCUAUAUACGUGAUUUUUCCGUAAUCACCGCACGUUUCUUCAUAAUUAGUUCUUCCGUUUGUCACACAUGGUAAAGCAUUUAUAGGUUGGUCCGCCUGUGCUCUUAAUAUUGCACCAUUCCUGUCUCCCAUUUCUACCCAAUGUACAACUCUCCUCUUCUUAGCUCUAAUGGCUCGAUAAAAAAUCCAAAUCUUAUUUUUUUCAUCUCCUGGUAGUUGAAUCGCUUCCAUUUGGCGGUGUUGGCGAGAGUGGAAUGGGAAACUAUCAUGGCAAGAAUUCGUUUGAUUCGUUUUCGCACAAGAAGGGCUGUGUCAUCAAGAAACAGGCCAUGGAGUCGUUUAAUAGGUAUUCAAUUUUUUUUUUAUAUUCGUCCUUGUUUUAGCAUUGACCAAAGAGGAGGAACGGAAUCAGCAUACUUUAAAACACUUCAACUGCAAGUGAUCUGUCUCAAUAAGAAGUGCUUUUCUAUCCUCUGAUAUGUUAUCCACUUGGAUGUUUAGAUCUUCUCAUGUCUUCUAUAUGUUACUUAUUAUUCUUGUAUUAUUCUUAUCAAUCAUUACUAUCACCAUUAUCACUAUUAUUAUUAUUAUUAUUAUUAUUAUUAUAAAUAGUAAUACUAUUGUUUUUAUUAUCGUUUUUGUUUCUGUGUUCUUUUAAUGUUGAUGAUGAUGAUGAUGAUGAUGGUUAUCAAUAUUAUUAUAUUACAGUACCUGACGGUCAAAAUGCGCUUUGACUUUCGGCCAAAUACGUACAUGUAAAAUGUAAUUACUCGCUUCGUUUUUGUUAACAUAACGUUGGUAGAGAUCCAUCAACCAUCAAACAGAAUGUUCAAAACUGACGUUUUUACGUUUAGCGCCUUUCUGAAGGCGAACAUUUGAUUCAUCAGAGCUCUUAAUUCUCAUCAGCUUCUGUUCACUCAUUUGUUUGUCAUUUUCCUGAUAGCAUCCGUUACCCGCCAUACGAAGAAAAACGUCUUGCAUGGAUUCGUUGGCUGAUUGAAGCUAAGGAACAGUCGUACGAAAAGCUGUCGGACAUAGCGCCUCUCUUGCUCUCCGUUCCACUCGCUAUGAUUCACAAGGUUGGUAUUCCUGUGAAGAACUUCAGAUAUUCUUAUUAUAUAACGCAGUAACCCGGCAAACUAGCUAAAAGUGGAAAUUGAAAAAGAACACUUACACGGGAGUAGUUUUUUGCUAGUGAAAAGAGCCCCUGAAUUUUAAAACGAGAGAUACACGUAUGCCGAUAAUUAUAGCGGGGCAAGGGGCUCUUUUUUCCUUUUCUGCCACUGGACUUUAGCAAGCACCCAAACUGGAGAGUGCAGCGUACAUCACCGCUUUUACUGAGCGCAUCGAUUGUUCGUUCCUAAGAAACCGCAAUCUUUUUGGUCAAUGCUAUAGAUCAGGAAACACUAAUUUGCCUGACGUAUAAUUGGCCAAUAAACCAAACAACAAUCAAUAAACGUAGGAAAAUCGGUGAGGAGAUUCUGCACAGACUCGUACACAAAUCAAAUAGUGUCUGACAGCGGCAAGAUGAGUGCAUUUGCUCGGCGGAAUUGACGCGUUCGACGAGUGAUUCCAGCGUUAUUGAAUUCCGUUGGGAAACAAACAGAUCGUAUGUGAUUGAAUAUUUCUUGUUUGUGUCCUCAGGUCAUUGGACUACCGAGAUAUUUCUUGAAGUAGACGACUUGUGAAGAAUUCAAUGUCUCAUUAUCAUUUUGUUUGUUUGUAGUUGAGGACAUAUAGUAAGUUCCUUAUGAGUGUGAAAAAAUAAUUAUAACCAAAAACGAAAAUGGACAUUUUCUUUGAUGAGCUGUUUCCCUAAUUUCCUCCUGCAGACAGGAAAUAGGAACGUGGAAUGUGGCAAGCUGAGAAAAAUGAAAUUAUGUGUAUCAGUGGUGAGGAAAGUAAUAAAUCAAUUCAUUCCUGUCCUGUAGCUAAGCGCACAGGUAUAAGCUUUGUGAAAGUGAAGGGCCUUUGUCCCUACUACCCACUCCUCGCCGGAGGGCGAUGGAGUCGCAGAAAGUGGCAGAAGACAUUAAAACGAAUACAACAUAUACGGCACUCGAGAGUUUCAUAUUGUGUUAAAAACACAGAUGGCUAUCUUUCCUUGUUCAAAAUAUACAAGUUAUUCUUGAUUCUUACAUUUGAUAAAGCGAAAUCUUUUUGCUACAUAACAAAUUAAUUAUUGACUAAGCUCGGUUCUUCGGUCAAGAUGGCUAGAUAUAGACAAAAAGGGACUCGGCCCACAUCCAGCCAUCUCGACCUCACGCUUGGUCAAUAACGCAUAAGUACUGAGUUUUGCGAGUGUUAUCCUGUCAUCGUGCAAUAAGGAGUUAUUAAAGAUGUUGAUUAUUCCUGUCGUAAUUGCCGGGCACGACAUAAGCAAAGAUAUUCGAUCCCUAUGCUCCGAUGCUCUACUACUUGAUUACAGAGAACUGUGUUGUGGGAUAGGCCAUUAGUUGGUUCUUCUGUAACAUAUCCUUGGAACUGAUUGGAUGUGCAGCAAAUUUCCACAUAACCCCGUCAAACAAUAGAGUAGCCUUAACUGUGCUCUGUUCAGGUUUAAAGCACGCACGAAACGGCGAUAGCACGAAAGAAGUGUGGGGAGAGACACGAGACGUAGUCGUGGGUGCACUCAUCGAUACUUGACACCAAAACGUCUACUAAGAUAUGUUUACACAAUGUCAAGGUCAGUACAAAGUCCAAUAAACCUGACUCCAAUGGAGGCCAUGCGGAACUUAAACAUAACCUUUCCAUCGCCGCUCACAUGACGGCGUUCUCGACCCAGUUUUUUAUCGGUAUUUUUGCUGCGCGCGCCGUUUUGAGAUGACGUUUGCGUCCUCUUGCU